CCGCAGCCUGAUGACGUAAAUAUUCUCUGUCGGGAGUUUGAGUUUAGGAUCCAGGUCGGCAGCUACUACCUCAGUUGUUGGUUCAUUGUUAUGGAAGCUCGAGCAAUGGUUUUGUUGAGUGAGAUAAGAAGACAUUGAGAGUGAUGGCCGAGGAGGGACCGGGAGAGGACAUUGUGUCUGAGUACCUUGGCCAGAACCCUCACCUGGUGCAAUGGGUGGACUCGCUCAGGGGGAUUUGCGAGACCAACAAACAGUGGAAUGCCAGAAAAGAGUUCAUUCUCCGCAACUUGGAGGCCUUUCCCAACGUUGAGCCAGGGGUUUCAAGCCCCAGCCUUGAUAAGCUACUCUCCCUCUCCAUGGUGUGGGCCAACCAUGUGUUCCUAGGUUGUCGCUAUCCCCAACCAGUGAUGGAAAAGAUCAAGGGGAUGGCGGAGGGAGUAAAGGUUCUAGAUGCCCCGGUGCGGAAGACGAGGGAUGAGAUCAUGGGCAAAGGGAAGAGAGGCCUAGAUGGGAAGAGAUACAAGGAUGGCCCUUUCCCCAAUGCCCCAGCCCAGAACCAGCCCUUCUUCAACCGCCUCUACAAGGCUGUGGCCUGGAAGCUGGUGUCCGAGGGCGGCUUCGGCGGGCCUAACCUGGACCACUUUGAGGUCCUGCGCAGCUGCGUGGAGACCGCCAAGGCCAGCCUGAGCUGCGUGUUCGUGCCGCUGAAGGACAUCCCGGACCUGCCGGUGGCGCGUACCCAAAGGGAGGGCCAGGUGUGCGAAUUGCGCUGCCAGACGGUCUACCUGGGCACGGGCUACGGGCGAGACGAGGCAGCCGCGCGCGCCAUGGCCUCCAAGGAGGCCCUCAAGGCCUUCCAGGGGAGGAAGGUGAUUGUGAGGAUCUGCCGCAGGAGGUUCCAAGGCAAUGACGUGGAAGAUGUGGUCCUGGUGGAUGACCAGACCCGCAACCCCACCUUCCCUCCCGCGCUCAGCUACCCCUUCCUGCAUCAGAGCUGCUCCUAGCAAAGCGUGGGACUCCUGUUUUGCAACCCUCACAAACUCACAUAUACUACAUGAGGUUCCCUGUCUCAUUGAGACUCAUUCAGUCUCAUUCAGUGGACCUUGCAGUGAGUGUGUCAUUCAUCACUGUGUAAUCUUCAAUCUAAUCUACAGUGUCAUUAACUCCAAAUAUUUUCCGUUCUUCUGUCAUUUGAUUUAUUGGGGUUUUUCUUUUUUUCCUUUUUUUUUUUUUAAUCAAUAUUUUCAAUUUACGCAUUUUCUUCAAAAUUAAAUUAAUUUAUGAUUUAGUGAGACAUGUUUUAACGUUUGCACUUGUGGCUGGCUAUCUGUGUGUGUUUAUUAUAGGUCAGGGAACUACAUCCAUUCAAACCUUUCUGUUAUGAUGUGUUCACACUACACACAAAGAGGCUCCGCACAGGAGGCCCCUCGACACAAUGUUUUCUCUUUCCUCAUCUCGUGUCAGUGCCCAUAUCACAAUGUGGUUUAGUAAAAGCCGACCCAGACACACCCAGCGGUAUAGACACAGAACAAUGUUUUUCCUUUUCUUUCCUUCUUCUGGCCCAUUUUGAAUGAUGAACAACAGCGCUGGUUGUUUCCUCUGCUUCCUGAGCAAAGGCGUUCUCUGCAGUGCAGUUAUGAAACUAUUUUUAUCUCUGAAAGUGAAAUUAUGGAGUCGGUGUUGUGCACAUGUUUAGCUUUUGCAAGUGGUGCCAGAUUGAAUUAUGAAGAAUGCCUUUAGGAAAAUGAUUAAGUGAGGCUUUGAGGUGAGCUCUUUAAAAGUUUGGUUUAUUGGAAUAUGAUGAAAGGUACCUUAAUUGAUUAUAUUUGAUAUUGUUUUGAGGUUAUCGAUUGCUUUUGUGUUGUGCCUUGGGGCUUUGAAUGGGCAAGAUGAUGUUAUGUUUGUCCAUUUUAGGGGUUGAUAUCUGGUUUAAAGGAGAGUUGGGGGAUAUAAAUCUUUGACUAAUUGUCAUUCCUGCCUUUUUGAUUUUCCAAAGGGCAGUCUGUGCCAUCUGUCUCCUAACUCUCUGAGCACAGUCUAUGGGUUUAUGAUCUAUCAUUGAAAGAUGUGGCCCGUUGGCAUAUCAGUGACCACUGUCGUUUUCACAAGAAAAGUUUAAGGCAUAAAACCACUUUUAAUCUGCUCUGUUGUAACGAUGCAGUUUGGACCGUGGUGUGCUAAAAGAAAGAAAAGUCAAAAGCAAGUCUCACUGAGUUCAGCCAAUUCAGUUGUUAAACGUCGAAGCUAAAUCUGGUUUUUUUAGUAGUUAUUUGUUAUAGCGCGUGAGGCGGGGUGGCGAAAGGGGAGUGCCGCUGCGCUAUGUUUGCUUGUUCCUGUUGUCAGUGAGUGGCCGGCCGGCUUGCCUAUGGUGUGUGUGUUUGUAUUCGCUCUGUCAUUCGGAAUACUUGUAAAUAAAGUUGUAUAAAAUGAA